GAGAGACUUAAUGAAAACACAAAAUGCAUAGACUGCAGUUAUAGAGCAACAAAACGUACAAAAGAAACCAUCUUAAAGAAUUGUCAGACAAUAUUACAGACGGGCAGGUCAGUGACAUCAUUGUUAAGUGUAAAGACUAAAAAAAGAAAGAUAAAAACAUCUACUUUUGAUAACGUUUUUAAGUUUGUGUCCAUGGAUAAAUCUAAGAACUUUCGAAUUGAUGCUCUGUUGUCAGAGAGCACUCAGCGGAUAGUACGGGAGGAUUCACCGGGACUGUGUAAUGACAUCGAGCCCAUGACAUGCCAACGGACUGUCAACUCUCCUCCUCGAUCUUAUCAGCUUCAUACAGGGGUCAUACCUAAACCGGGUAUGCUAAAUAAUCCUCACUCAGGAUUAACUUCACUUUCUCAAGGGUCUAUGCCAGGAAUGUAUCUCUCACCUAUGUACUCCAUCACAGCACUUGCUGCGCAGCAUCCCACCUUCGCGUAUUCUGGUUUCGCGCCACCCUACCCGGAGCACCUGAAAGCUGCCGCCAUGGCCAGCUCAUUCCCGUUAGAACACUGGCUCCGGGCAGGGCUCAUAAUGCCCCGCCUCGCAGACUACAGCGGGGCACCUCAGUCCAGUCUGAUUGGAAAGUGCCGGAGACCACGCACAGCUUUCACCAGUCAGCAACUACUAGAGCUGGAAAAUCAGUUUAAACUCAACAAAUACCUAUCACGCCCCAAACGCUUUGAAGUGGCCACAUCUCUGAUGCUAACUGAGACACAGGUGAAGAUUUGGUUCCAGAACCGCCGCAUGAAGUGGAAGCGCAGCCACAAAGCUAAAGAGCAAGCUGCACAGCUGGAGACAGGCAAGAGAGGAAACAAGCUAAAAGACCUUAGUCGCUGCAUUGCACAAGAUGAUGAUGAGGAUCUGGAAGCAGAGGAUGAAGAUGAUGAGGAAGAGGAAGAGUUCAGAAAAUCUAUUAACGUAGGUGUGAGUCUAGCUCACCCCUCGGACUUCCUGCAGCACAGCUCAGAGUUGAGUUACAGCUCUCAUGGCUCUUACUCGGAUGAUGACCUCGAAGAGAUCGAAGGAGACAGAAAGAUCAGAUUAGGGUUAUGAGGAAUUGAUGGCAGCUUUGUGUUCAUUAUUAAUUGGGAAGCUAACUACAUCUAGGUUUUAGAACCCUCAAACAUCCAUAACCUAAAGACUGAGGCUGUUGAUAUCAAAACUAUCCUCAUGAGUUCAAUGUAACAUUCUAUAAUGAAUAUUUACAGGACAUUUACAGUCAUAAAUCCAGUUGUG